GUGGGACAUAUUAUAAUAAUACAGACUUAGAUGAAAUGAAUACUCCAGUAUUAAAUGGAAAUGAGGGAACACAGAACAGACAAGAAUCAUCCGAUGUAAGUCUUAUACUCCGAAGGACAUCUGAAAAAGCAACAGCCACCUUCUAUAGCAGAAGCAAUGAUAUUAGCUACAGAAGCAGCUGUUAUAGCGAAUUUUGAAUUUUUGGGACAUACAGACAUGGACAUGGAAGAGGAAGAAGGAGAUGGAGACGCUGAAAUUUAUGAUGCAAAUACAGAUACCAAACCAAAUAAAGCAUCUAUCUCCCUUCUAGCGGAAGGUGUUGAUACAGAUGCAGAGGCAGAAGUAUUAAAUGAAUUAAAUCUCCUCACAGAAAUUGAAGAAUCGCCUGGUUCUAUCCAUCUGGAAAUGAAUUCUUCAAAGGAGUUUAUUACAUAGAGGAUUACAACAAGAUCUAAGACGCCCAAAUAAUAAAGAAGGCAGUGACUCCACGCUGGAAUUCGGAAAAUUACAAUCGCGUCCUCGUUGCGCGUGGAAAGUUGCGAACCUAUCCGGAAUCUUGAUAGAUAGGUUUCUUAAUCUAUUAUACCAGUCAACUUUAACUAUUUUUAUUUCGUUUCGCAGUGAAGAGCGAUAAUUUUCGCAGAGGAAAAAGUUGCUCCUUAUCAAAAAACGCGUUGACUGAGUUUAUUUUUAUCGAAUUCUAAGGCGGAGCCCCUAAACUGGAUAAUUACCUUUCAGAACAAUUUGAAGCAUUAGGUUCCAGUAUUGGUGUAAAAUGUGCAGUAUUAGUAGGUGGAAUGGACAUGAGCGCGCAAGCGCUGCUACUUAGUAAAAAACCUCAUAUUAUUAUUACCACACCUGGAAGAUUGGUCGACUAUUUAGAAAACACCAAAGGCUUUAGUUUGCAAAACUUAAAAUUUCUGGUUAUGGGUGAGGCGGAUCGUAUUUUAAAUAUGGAUUUUGAGAUAGAAGUUGAUAAAAUUCUCAGAGUAAUACCCCGAGAAAGGAGAACGUUAUUAUUUUCUGCAACCAUGACUAAGAAAGUACAAAAGUUACAACGUGCAUCUUUACGGAACCCUGUAAAAGUUGAAGUAUCCACUAAGUAUCAAACUGUAGAAAAACUACAACAAUAUUAUAUAUUCAUUCCAGUAAAAUUCAAGGACGUGUAUCUGGUGCAUAUCUUGAAUGAGCUCGCUGGCAACAGUUUUAUAAUAUUCUGUGCAACGUGCAAUAAUACUGUAAGAACUGCUUUAUUAUUACGAAACUUGGGCUUCACGGCGGUUCCGUUGCAUGGACAAAUGUCGCAGAAUAAGAGAAUCGCUGCACUUACCAAAUUCAAAGCAAGGAAUAGAUCUAUACUAAUUUCAACGGAUGUUGCUAGCAGAAGUCUCGAUAUACCACAUGUGGACAUUGUUAUCAAUUUUGAUAUCCCGACGCAUAGCAAAGAUUAUAUACAUAGAGUAGGUCGAACUGCGCGUGCAGGUCGAUCGGGUCGAUCUAUCACAUUUGUCACACAAUACGAUGUGGAACUGUAUCAACGAAUAGAACAACUUAUAUCGAAGCAACUACCACUGUGGCCUACGGAAGAGGGGGAAGUAAUGCUGCUACAAGAAAGAGUUACCGAGGCGCAACGAAUAGUAAAAAUGGAGGUGAAAGACAUCGAAGAAAACAAAAAGUUGGGUAAACGGAAAAAACGUGCUGGCGACAACGAAGAUGACACAGAACAAUCCAUUGGAGUAAGAAAACGAAUCAAAGGAAAUGGCAAGAAGAUGGGAAAAAGAAGAUAAUGUUAAGUAUUGCACGCAGUGCAAUAUUGAGACUGAUAGCUUUUUUCUUAAAUUACGAGCGGUUAAAAGUAAAUUACACACACACACACACACACACAUACAUACG